CAGAGCGGAGCUCCGCCAGCGGACCAGGAGGAGGACGUAGUGAGGAUUCCCAGCAGCCCCCUGGAGAGCGAAAGCUGGACCGGCUGGACCCCCGGAGGAGGACCCGAGAGAGAGCACGUUGCUACGGGAGAGGCCUCAGUUUAGGUAACAGGCUGCAGUAUGUUCACCUCAGUGAAGGCCUUCGAGGGGCAGCAGUACUCCACCCUGAAGAGGCAGAGCUUACAGAGUGGCCUGCUGUUUGAGGACCUCCGCUUCCCCGCCACUGAUGACUCGCUCUUCUAUCAGGGCAACAGGAUUGGACGUGUGGUCUGGAAGAGGCCGCGGGAGCUGUGUGAGGACCCCCACCUGUUUGUCGAUGGCAUCAGUGCACAUGAUCUACAUCAGGGACAGCUGGGAAACUGCUGGUUUGUAGCAGCAUGCUCUAGUCUGGCCUCCAGAGAGUCUCUGUGGCAAAAAGUCAUUCCAGACUGGAAGGAGCAGGAGUGGGACCCGGAGAAGCCAGACUCAUACGCUGGAAUUUUCCACUUCCGAUUUUGGCGUUUUGGUGAGUGGGUGGAUGUGGUGAUUGAUGACAGGCUACCGACAGUGGACAACCAGCUGGUCUACUGCCACUCCAAUGACAGCAACGAGUUCUGGAGCGCCCUGGUGGAGAAGGCCUACGCCAAGGUGUAUGGCUGCUACGAGGCUUUGGAUGGGGGUAACACAGCAGAUGCCCUGGUGGACUUCACAGGUGGGGUUUCGGAGCCUGUGGACCUGCUGGAGGGUCAGAUGGCAACGGACGAGGCAGCACGGAACCAACUGUUUGAAAGAGUUCUGAAGGUCCACAACAGAGACGGCCUCAUCAGCUGUUCUAUCAGGGCUACCACAAUCGAGGACAUGGAGGCCCGGCUGGACUGCGGUUUAGUCAAAGGCCAUGCCUACGCUGUGACAGAUGUUCGGAAGGUGCGGCUUGGUCACGGGCUACUGGCUUUCUUUAAGUCCGAGAAGCUGCACAUGAUCCGCAUGCGGAACCCCUGGGGAGAGAAGGAGUGGAGUGGCCCUUGGAGCGACAGUUCAGAGGAGUGGAACAAAGUAAGCAAGAGUGAGAGAGAAAAGCUGGGCGUCACUGUGCAGGAUGACGGCGAGUUCUGGAUGACCUUCGACGACUUCUGCCAGUACUUCACAGACCUGAUCCUGUGCCGCCUCAUCAACACCUCCUACCUGAGCAUUCACAAAACCUGGGAGGAGGAGGUGAUGAGGGGCUCCUGGAUCCACCGCCAGGACCCCCUCCGAAACAGGUCCGGAGGCUGCAUCAAUCACAAGGCCACCUUCCUGCAGAACCCCCAGUAUGUGUUUGAUGUGAAGAAGGUGGAGGAUGAGGUGCUGAUCUGUUUACAGCAGAAAGAAAAAAGAGCCACACCCAAAGAGGGCAAAGGGGAAAACCUGGCCAUAGGCUUCGAUAUUCACCGGGUGGAGCUGAACCGGAAGUACCGUAUGCACUCGGCCCAGCAGAAAGUAGCGGGCUCCAUCUACAUCAACUCACGCUGCGUCUUCCUCAGGAAGGAACUGAAGGAGGGCCGUUACGUCAUCAUUCCCACAACCUUUGACCCCGGGCAGCAGGGUGACUUUCUGCUCCGGGUCUUCACUGAUGUGCCUUCAGACUGCAAAGAGCUGACUCUGGACGAGCCUCCUCAGACAUGUUGGACAGGGAUGUGUGGCUACCCUCAGCUGGUCACUCAGGUCCACGUACUGAAUGCAGAGGGACUGCAGGGACAGGACUCCAAUGGAGAGCUGCACUGCCUCAAUGCCAGUAGGAAAAGACUUCUGAGCAGAGCACCAGCGGUUGAUCCUUAUGUGAUCAUCACCUGUGAAGGAGAGAGGGUUCGUUCACCAGUUCAAAAGGACACGCGGUGCCCAAACUUUGAUAUCAAAGGCCUCUUCUACCGCAAGAAACCCAAGGAUGGGAUCCACAUCGAGAUCUACAACAAGAACAUGAUUGUGGACUCCUUCCUGGGUCAAGUGAUUUUGUUCAGCGACCCCAACGAGCGACAGGAGCAGCACACGCUUCACCUGCGCGACAAGGGGAGUCGCCAAGACAACGACCUCCCGGGCACGCUCACUGUGCGCCUCAUCACCUCUACAACACUCACCAACAUCUGAUGCGAUAGAUACAGUUAACAAUCAGCGCUCAAGGUGGCAUUCGCUUGUGUCGUGCCGCUCAUGUCGUCAGUCAGCUGAGCAGUCCUUGCUAAAAUUGUCCUCCAACCAUCGCAAGAGUGUAUUUUCUGCUGCUUGCACUCUCUGUGUCUUUCGUCGUUUCCCCAUCUUCUUUUCUGUCAGCAUACAAAAUAGACUUAGCAAGUGUUUUUCCUGACCUCUGAUCUGGAGGUCUGGAAAAACACAGAUACCUGAAUGGAUGCUGACAUUCCUUUAGAGUAUCUGCACAAGUUUUGAACACAUUGUUGAUAAAAUUGAGUACUAGUGUGUUCAGAAAUUUGUUCUCAAAGUCGAACUGAAAUUUGAAUUCAGAUGUUUGUUUUUUUUUUGACUGAAACUUAAACCAGAAAAUACCUCAGUUAAGAUUGUGUGUUAAAGUUACACCUCAUAUUAGUCAAAAGAUUUGAGAGAGACCACUUUGUCAGGCUAGCUUGUUAAUAACUUGCUAAUUUCAAGUUCCUUCUGGGGUUUUUUUUGUCUGUUUUUUUUCCACCUGAGUCGUUAGCUGUUCUAUGUUCAUCUAAAAUUGCAAAUUACAGUGAGAGGGAAGCUCAUUAGUGUUAAGUAUCUCCAUCGUCGGUCCACGCAAGCGCUAAUGUAUUUGAGUUUUCCAAGAAUUAUGGAAGCUGGCAAGACACUUUGUCAGGCUAGCUUAAAUAGUUUGCUUUUGGGUAAUGUGUUUUCAACUGCCAGGUGGUCAGCCACUCUGUUCAUCCCACAUUACGCAAAAGAGAAGGAGGUUACCAAAUGCUAGGUGUCUUGCUUUGUUUGGUCCAUGUAAAGGCAAUUGUGUUAAUUUGAGUUCCACUAAGGGUAAGCUAGCAAGGCAGAAUUACUUUGUCAGACUAGCUUAAGUAUCUUGCUAACUUUGAGUUCCUUUCCAUUGUUAAUGUUUUUCUAUCCCCUGAGUUAUUAGCAAUUAAGAUUUUCCUCACAUUUGCUGAGAAGAGAGGGAGACUUAUACUUAAACUUACUUAGUUUUCUGUGAUUCUCUUUGUUGUUCCAUGUGAGGGCUAAUGUGUUGUGAAUUUGAAGUAGAAGCUAGCCAGACAAACUAACUUUGUCACGCCACGGUUCCCUUUCGGGUAGUGUCUUCUCACUUGCUAAUUUGUAAGCCAAUCUAUUUUAUCCUAAAUUACACAAAAGAGAGGGAGGUUAGUGUUACGAUGUUUCAUUCCACUUGAGGACAUGACAAACAACCCAGAUAAAGAAGUCAGUUGAAAAAGUUAUUUUUUGAGGAAAAAUGAAUUUUAUUUUCAGUUCGACAUUUGUCAUACAGUAAGUUGCAUAGCAGCGGAUGCCACCACUUAAUUUAUACUCUAUAACCAUAAUCUAUAAAUCUUUUGGAUAGCCUAAUCUCCUAUUAUAAUAUGUACAUGUAUUACACACACAGACAUGGAUAUACAAUUUAUAUGCAGACAUUUCUGCACUCUCCAUGCAUGUGCCAACGUCUCCAAGGGCUAUGCAUUGCCUUAAGGCUGAGUCUGUCUCCACCUUGAGGAGGCAGGCGGGGUUAUGUUAAAACUUAAAUGUUAGCCUCUGUUUCAGUUCCUCCAAACCCACAGACACCAUGCUAAACAUUGUCAUAGUUUCUAUCUCUAUAUACAGACAUAUUCGCUACUCUUUUAUAUCUGUGGAACACCCCCCCACCCCAUGGAUCCACCCCACCCAGACACCUCAACACUAACAGUGCUUCAGAGAGCAUGCAGCACUGUCUGUCACUUUUUACUGUGGACUUUUCCAAAGCCAACAGCAGCUAUUCUUUCCCCUCAGAGCUUUUCUGUGUUGUUCUGUGAGCACGCCCGUGUGAAGUCUUGCCUCCUGUUUUCCAUCGUCACUUGUACCAUACAAAACUCCCUAAGAUGCUUUCUGCCGGUUGCUAUGGACGAUCCCUAAACUGCAUGGCUUCAAAAGGACAAACUGUUUGCCUGUGCUGCACACUUCUUCAGUCGUAGCUUAGCAGCCGGUGUUUUUGAUAGUGCUUUCCCCUUUUGACCCCUCAUGUAUACACCUUUACCAGUACAAUGGAGUGCAAAGAUUCACCCUGACAUAAUCAAGUGCUUUAUGGGACCAAAGAUGAGCCAGGCCCUCCCCUCUUUAGUCCCUUUCGGACCGGCCUGGCCUGGCCUGGCCCAAGCCUAGCUACAAACCACCACCCCCUGUGCCACAUCAUCUCUUAAUGGCAACACCACUGCCUAACGCUUCCUCUGACCUGAGUUUCUUGGCCUGGGCCAAAGACUCAUGCCACGUGACCCAGAGAGGCAGGAGCUUUGCUUCUGCUGUUGGCACAAAGAAGUUAUUAGUGUGUCUGUGUGUGUCUGUGUGUGUGUGUGUGGGUGUGUGUGUGAUUGUGUGUGUGGGCUAGUUUCAGCGCUGCUUUGAAUGGGGUUAUCUGGGAGUGGUUGAGUGAAUGUACAUAUAUCUAUUUAUCCAUAUUAUACCUGAAAGAAAAGAUUUAUGAGUGAAGGUGUGAGCUAAACAACAGAGGAAGCUCACACCUUUAGAGGAAGACCCUGAUGGAUGAGAAAAGCCCUGCCAAAUAUCCUGUCAUCACCUUGGUCCUGACUUUUCCUCCACAGCAAGGUAAUAACAUGGAUCCAACUGCACUUGCAAAGGGAUGGAUUUCUAGUUGCUUUUGCACAUUGAACCAUCAACGGUACAGUGAAAUCUCUGUAAUGAAUCUGACCCUCUAGCACCUGUGCAUUUUGUGACAGAAAAUCUCUUUUUUUUCUCAUUGGAAAAGUGCAAUAUUAUUGCAGAGACUUUCUGUUCCAACUUUGUGGGUUUUUUUUUCUAUGUUUUAAGUCUUGUUCUGUCCUGUGUUUAAUAAGAGGUACAAAUGUAUCAUCAAGACAUUUCCUUUGAAUGUAAGACAAAUGGUAAACUAAUCUCUCAGUCAAACUGUUAAGUCAAAUUUACUCAUCCUAAUUUUUCAGCGCCUUUUUCCAUUACUUGAACUGUCAUUCAUGGUAUUUAAUUGAUCACAUACUUUUGUGUACAGCAUCUUUAUAAAUGUGUCUUGCAUGAGUUCUUUUCCGAUAUGUUCAUGGCCUUGUAUUGUACUGUUAAAUUGUUACUAUAUAUCCUUAUUCUUUCUAUCUCAGUCUUGGAAAUGCUAGUUGAAGCAAUCAGCAUGUCUACACUAAUGCACUUCAUGUCAGUCUGAUCAUAUCAACAGUUUGAAACAGUUAUGUCUUGUAAAGUGAUGCAUUCAUAAUGCCUGUAGCAUUGGCAAACAUAGUUAGCAGCAGUUGUUGACUAUUUAGGUGCUAUUUAUCUUCUCUGUGCUCUUUUAUGUUGUUUGACAAAUGGACAGAAAAAUGGCAGUUUAGACACAACUCAAGUUGAAAAAUGUCUCGUUAACUUGGCAGCCAGUGUUAAAAACUGUAGUGCCAAGCACUUGUAAGGUUAGCCAUGCGAGUAUGUGCCUGGAGAGAAGCCCUUCUUCAUUCCUCACUAAGCACCGCUGAAGUGUCCUUAUGCAAGGCACUAAAAUCCUAAGUGCUCCGGUGGAGCCUUUGCAUGGCCAGCUAUUGUACAGGGCAGCUUCCAGGUGAAACUGUACAUAUCGGUGUAACUCUGCCACUUCAAUUCCUCCCUAGGUAAAUACUGUGAAUAUGUUCUAAAUUAGCCAGUCCAAGCUAACUGAGAGUUUAACGAAGGGUCAGUGGUGAGGGAUUUCGGUGCCAAAGCCAUAGGGUGCUACAUGGAUUUUGGCAAAUUGAAAGCACACAAACCAAGGGGUGACGCUAGAAAGAUGAAACUAAACAUGUAUCCAUUCAUUCCCUACCCCCGAGCUAAUCUGUGUCAGGCUGGCAUUUUGGAUAUUCUCGUCAAAAUUGCACAGGACUGUCCUGUGUAACCUACAUGUUAAAGAUUCAAAGAUCUUUCAAGAUAUCACACAUGGAGAUGCAGUUGGAGGCAAUCAGGUCAGACAGGGCAUUUCCGACAUGGACUGAGGUUUAGGUCAAACAUAUGUGACCCAAAAGUGCUAUAUGGUACAUUGAUGAAUGCUAGUUCAAUGUGAUCGCAAUGACAGAAUGCAAACACUAAUGUAUUAAUGGAAACAAACCACCUAGUGUCAUUGUACAUUUCUGUAAAUUCUUAGCUUUAUUUUCUUUUCAUACAGAGAAAAAUAUAACAGAUAUUAUUUAGUAACCAAAUACAUAACAUGCAUGAAGUUAGCAUAUUUUUAUUUAAAUGUAGGUGUUAUGAACCGUUUAAACAGUGCCUUUACAAAAUAGACAACAGUAGACUGUGUAUUUAACUGAAAUGAAUUUAAACAUAGCUAGUCAUGUAUUAGCUAGUAAGCUUAGUUAGCCAGAAGCAUUUUUUUUUGACUAAGCGCAAUGCAUAACAGUACACACACUUGCAAUGUUAACAUCUGAUUUCUACAUGCAUAGAGACUUAUUUGUUUAUUUUACAUAGUAAUAGGUUAUCAGUAAAGUCAUUUUUCACUCAUCAUUAAAGCCGAAGAAUGACCCUUUUAAUUAAAUAUAAUUUUAAAUGCACUUUCCUCGUGUACUGCAAUUGUAAGACUACAGGAUAUCUACAAGUGCAGAUAAGUGGGGUUAUAAGGGGGGUUUUAUAUGUGCUAAAACUUCAGAAUGUAUUAAAACCUCCAUUUCAGAAAGAAGUCAUUGGAAGUCAGAGUGACCAGAUCCCAUGAGUUUGGAAAGUAUGUAUUUUCAAGAGUUGGAGUUUUUCUUUUCCCAUCGUUUCAGCUCAUGCAGCUUUUCAGUCAGUUUUGCUGAUGCAAAUUUAAGCAAAUACAGUUCAGUAACACUGCAUAUCGAAUACCUGAAGCAAUCAGCGUGAAGUAGCAUUCAUGAAUGUACAUGUUCCUGUUACAAUUCAAGGUCCUUCCAAAUGAUGAACUGUCACUCCAAAGGCCUCCUAAAUCCGACUGGACUGAACUGGAGAUUAAUAUGUUGGAGUAUUUGGGUUAGAGACGUACCGCGUUACCGGAAUCUUAUUGAAACUCAUUAAAUGACAACGGAUCAAGGUGUUCAUCUUCAUGCUUAUGUGCCACAACUGUGCCAAAAAGAGAGAUGUCUGAGUGUUCAGAAUAUUCUGUAUAGAUGUGUGCUAUGUACUGGACAAGUGAGAUAGUUCAAAUGCUUUUUUUUUUUGUUUUUAUUACUUGUCUUCUGUUGUGUUCGUCCGCCAUAAUUUGAUUUGCGUCAUAAUCUCAUUCCAUUGCUCUUUGUUACCUGUUGUAAUCAUUGCAUAUUGCGAUUCCUUCACGUAAGUGUUACUGUACGGCUUUCACUGUUAACACAAGCACAUACGGACUUACAUGUACCAACACACACCCUCCAGCUUGUAGACUAAACAUGGUCAGUUAGACUGUAAGGACCUGGUUUGGUUUUCUGUAAUAGUUCUAUGUUCUGUACAGAGUUUCCGCAUGGAGAAGCCAAAGCAGAUUUUAAAGAACUCAAACAUUUCAGUAAAGCUGACGUACCAGUGGUGACUUUUUGUAUGAAUCCAAAAAUGCCAGUGCAUGUAGCAAAACUGCUUUGACUCUGCUCGUACCAUUACAGUUCAGUUUCUAUAGUCUUGGUUCUUGAAGUGUUGCAAACAGUGCACUGUUGCUACUUUGAUAAACAUACUGUGUGAAGUACAAGGCUUAUGUUGCACACUUGCAUGCACUGAAACUAUAUCCACUUUUGUAAUGUUUUGUAUUCAGUAACCUGCAGUAUACAGUAUGUAUAUAAAAGUAGCAGCACUUUGACUUCUUAGUUAUUAUGGGAUCCAUGUUUUGAUGGAUGUUAUAGAGUAAAUUGUGUGUAUUUAUUUGAAGUAAGGUACAUUCUUGCUCACUACCUCUAGUGGUCAGCAAGAUGGAGGAACCCAUUCAGUUUCAGACCAACUGGAAAUGGGUUUAGAGUGUUUAAGGUGUUUCUUUUUUUGGCAUUUCUUUUAGUUUCCAAAUCAAUUGCGUGAAAGUCUGUGCAGUGGCGGUAUCUUUCAGUAUUUAUUAAAACAGUGACAUGGUUGCAGUUGAGGUUGGCUUGCCUGCAGAUUUUUUAGCCUUACCAACUUACAUACUGCUGCAUGUGGCUUAAUGACAAAUCAUUUGUCAUGUCCAGAAGUAGCGCACCAGGUAUUAUGUUCUCUUAACGACAGCAUUACAGUAUGGAGACUGUAUGUCAUUGAAACUCAUUUGUACCAGGUCACCAGAUACUGUCUGCGUUCUCAUCAUUGACAUUUUUCUCAAAGAUGGAGUCUUGUCCACUCAAGGAAUGAGCUUGUGAUUCUUGUACUUUUCUGCUGAUGUUUAUUAUCUGAAGACUGGGAUACAUACUGCAUGGUGACACUUCUAGAAGAUGCUAUGGUCUUUAUAACAAGUAUCUUUUAUCAGUAUUUUAUAACCUUCUUAAUUUUAUAUAUCUACUUGAUCCUGCGUUCCAACCUGGUAUGUUUACUGAUAGCUAGGUAUCGGAGAGUUGUGCUGUAUGUUCUGUAUUGUGUGCUUGUCUUUGUGUUCUUUUCAGCGUGAGCUUUUCCUUCUUUUUAUCUAUGCGUGUUCAUUGAAUUUGGUUUCUCGGUUACACUGUGGUUAUUUUAUAGCUACAAUCUGAAAUUAUUAUUUUUUCUUUUGUAUUUAAUGUCAACUUGUGGCAUGACUUUGAAAUAAAACCGGAAAACUUCA